AUGGCGGACUCGGGGAAAGGAGGGAAUGAGGAACAUGAAAUGACAAAUCGCAAAAUGUCUGAAUCAGGACAACCAGCAAAUAAUCAAAACAACCACGUACAGAAGAGUGAAAAUUCUAAGAAAUCCCUGAAAAAGAAAGGUAUGAAGACAGCCGGUUUAGUAAAAAAUUUGGCCACAUUAUAUUCUUAGUGUCAAACUGUUUAUUUGCUACUGCAAACUAAUUGGGACACAGAGGGAACAGAAGCGAUAAUAAGAUGAGGCAGCACACUUCUGAGUGUUAUUCGAUGUUUUACCCUAUACAUUGAGAUAGUGAUAUCUUUCAAAUACCUUUAUUUUCCAGGCUAGAUAAGACUGGACUCAGCUGGACUAGCCUGGGACCAGGCCACUGCUGGGCUCUCUUCACUCGCCGAUAUUUUUCCUAUUGACCCCGUUUUGUGCCUCUUUCCCCCACUUUGGAGCCUGGUCCCAGGCUAGACUGGAAUCAGGUACUCUUCUGAUUGGCUUUUAUAGACAAUCUUAAACAACUGGAGUAAUCUCUGAGUAAUGUGACUUUGUUAUAGGAUAUAGCCCCAUCUGCUGGUUUACUACAUGACAAGGCGUUUGUGUUGAUGGACAAAACAAUAAAAAAUGUUUUCAAAAAUUACAUAAAUUAGUUUCCAGCAGAACGAGACACUUAUGUCGCAGAUGGCAAGUGUAACAUACAAGUCACCCAUUCCACAGUUCAGAGCACAUGUCACCAUGCUACUGAUAAUGAAAUAUGGGACUUGACCUAUGGAAUGUGACCUGUAUUUUAGGCCCAUCAAUGUCUUAAAGUGUAAUUGCAAAUGAAUUACAGACGAACUGCAACUUUGACAAAUGCAGACCUGACUGGUGGGUGCUGUUGUUACGUGUAGAUGCUCUGAAAACUAGCCCUGUCCAUAUCCAAGGUUGACAGUAAUGUUUUGAUGAAAGCCAGGGACGUUUGUCAGAGUGUUUCAUGGCAUUAGAGUAGGUGAAUGCUGCCUAGAAAUUCUUCGGUUGUGGAAACUAUUUGUCCUACACGUGGUGAAACUGGAAGUCUAUUUUAUUAUUCCUUUUGUUCACGAGAAAAUACAAGAGGAAAUACAUGCAAAUUUUUGGAAACUGAGUGUAAAAUUUUAAUUUCAUCUUUUCAACAUUCAUCUUUGGCUGAAACCUGUGAAGCGAUAAAUGACAAUCUCUUGCCCUCAAACCUCAGUGGUAUUUUGGGGAAUAAUCAGAAUGAUUGUUUCUCUCACCAGGCCAGCUACAAAAUUCCUUUUAGCCUCUAUUACUAUUUCACUAGGCUCUUUGUUACAUGAUUGAAACUAAAAGAUUCACCGCUCUGUUUGAAAUGUUUUCAAGGACGUGAUGUACGGCACGUGUACAUCAGUAUUUCAUUUACAGUACAGUAAGGCCACAGUCAUUGCAUCAUUUACACACGUGUAAAUUGUGUGCAAUAUGGCAGAUUUACAUACAAAAUACAUGCAAAAAAUGUAUGUGAAAUUUUUUGACACGUAGCUUAAAUAAUUAAAUGCAAGAUGGGUGUAUUUAUCGUAGAGAAAUUUCCCCUCUUACUUUUACAUGCAAGCUGCGUGUAAAAGUAAGAGAGGAUCAGAUUAGAUCUGCCAUUAAAAAAAUACUUGCAGAUUGUGUGUACAAUUAAGAAAGGAAAUUUUCCAUACUAUAAAAACACGCGGCUGUGCGUAAUUUAAGCUGCAUGUACAUGUAACUGCUCGUGUAAAAUUUGACAUACGUGUUUUUUGCAUGUAAAUCCACCAUAUUGCACGCAAUUUACUCACGUGUAAAUGCUGCCAUUCCCAUGGCCUGUACUGUAACUUGUUCCAAACAUGCUGAGUUUUAGCUGAAGAUGAUUAUAAAUGAAAGAAAUGUUCAGUUAGUGCUGUUCUUUAUUUUCAAAUAAUAAUCAGGUUUUCAAGGUUCAACUCUUCAGGAAGGCGGAGAGCAACUAAACUUUUCAAAAACUGAAGAUAGCUAAAUGUAAUACUUUUUUUGUUGGUAGUGGAAGUCCUGCUUAAAGCAGCUGGUGAUGCUCCAAUCAUGGUGAAGAAGAAAUGGCAAGUGGAUGGAACAAAACAAGUUGCAUACAUUAUUGAGUUUAUUAGAAAAUAUAUUAAGUGUGAGCCUCAUGACUCACUGGUGAGUAACAUAACUAGUAAGCCAUUUCUGAGUACCAUACCUAUGUAUACCAUAGUCAUAGUAAAGAGAAAGGUAUAGAGGGCUACAGAGUAAUUGCAUGUACAGUACUAUAUUGUUUCAAGAAUAGGUGAUUGCACACACUUUUGCUGUGAUUUUACACAUUCCUUGUGGGAUAGAAAAAUUGAUGUGUAGUUAAAUCAUGAAUGUAGAACUUACUUUGGGAGCGUGAAAGAGUUUUAAAUAAUAAUAAUGAUAAUAAUAAUAUAUUUAUAGUAAUAUCAAGAAUGUGGGCUAUGCAAAAAGUGGAGGUGAUACCUGUUGUUGUAGGAGGUUUGUGAGCAAUACCUAGAAGUCUGAAAAAGUCACUUGAGAAUAUUCAUGGUAUAAGGGUAAUUGAAAAGAACACGUGCAGAAUACCGCAUUACUAUGAACUUCAAGAAUACUGUGGAGAGUUCUUGAGGUUUGAAAGAUGGCCAGACCCUUGUGACUCUUGGUUGUAGCAACAUUUUGUAUAAACUGCUCCAAGGGAAAUUUUCCGGUUGACCCGCAAAUUGAGUUUAAUUGUUCAUAAUGAUAAUGGUAACAAAAUAAUGAUGAGAUAACUAAAAAUAAGGUAUUAGCAAAUUAAUUGUCUGUCUUUUGCAGAGUCCCCUGCUAACUAGGAAAAUGAGAUUUGGUCUACAAAUUAUGCAAUAAUCCUUUUUUAAUCUUCUCCAAUAACUGUAAAAAGUAGCCAAAAAUCAAGCAAAUUAUAAAUGAGUAAAACUCUUGCUAAGCUUAAAAUGACCAAAAUGAAAAUGGCAGGUUUUUUAUGUUUCAGGUUCUAGAAAAUUUCUCAUUUAUUUAUCCACUGCUCUGUACUCCAUGUAGACAUGUAUUACACAGCAUCAAUAUGGUUACAAGUUAUUGCCUUCUUGGCUCUGAUUUUGGAGUUGUUAGUUUGUGUGUGUUGACAUUUAAUUUCAAGUAUGAUACAUUAUUUUAUAACUUGUGAUGACAACAAGGAACUGAAAUAAAACGUCUUCUCAUUUCUGAACAUUAAGAAGAAUAAGCUCCCUGAUACCUUGUACAUUGGUGUGCAUUUAACUAGUGUGACUGUAGUCUCUCCUGCCUUACUAUAUUUGUAACAGUCUGUUUUAUCUUCAGUUUGUUUAUGUAGGCCAGUGCUUUGCCCCAACUCCUGACCAAACAUUACAGAACUUGUAUGAUGUAAGUACUGUAUGAUGUAAAUACUGUUUUUUAGUAUACUGGGCUGUAUACUCAUGAAGUGAUCUCAACAAAAUCAGAGACAAAACCAUUAAAAAGUACCUCUAGAAAAGCAAUUUAUCUAAAGGAAGGAAAAAAUAAUUUUUUUGUUUUUUGCACAUGAAGAAGUCAUUUGUUGUCAAUGUGUCACAUAAGCAUAGCCCAAAGAGUAGACACUCUUCCUUGUUAAAGCAGGCAUGAGCUACAGAAAGUCAAAUUACUUUUCUUCCCUCGUUUUCUGUGAAGCAAAGCUUUAGGUUUGGAUACAUCGAUUAAGCAGGCAUUUCAUUAAUUUGUGUUUUCUCAAUACAGGUUUCAUGUUAGUGCAUGGUAAAAGGUGAUUAACCAAAUAGCCUACUUUUUUUAAAGUAUGUAAGAACUAAAAAUGUAGGUAAACUUUACUUGCAUGUAUUUUUGUUUCUCAGUGCUUUGGAGCUGAUGGAAAGUUAGUUCUUCAUUACUGCAAGACACAAGCAUGGGGAUAAUCCACAGUGUGCCAAAGAAUAUUUUUAAGAAAAAUAUGGAGUUUAAAUUAAUCAACUAAAAUAAGGUUUGAUACCUCUUACCAGCCUGGGAAAAAAUCAAUUCUGCACUGGGGCUGGAUUCACAACUUAGCCCCCUAAGCAGCUAUGUGUAAGUCAGGAUAAAAAUUUUGAACUUUUUUUGAUAACUAUAGACCGUACAAUGUAGUUAAGGAAAACUCCAGACCAUUGUUCCAGAUAAGAAAUGGGUCUCGGGUCAAUGACCCUACAAAGAAGGCUCCCUGACCCGACAGAUGACAUAUAAGUGUUCUAAAUCCAAGUCUAAAUCUAAAUGUCUGAUCUGCAAAGGGCAGUACAGCCCAUCUUCAGCAGAUAUAAGUGUUAAGUGUAAUAUAACGAAAAAAAUUAGCACGUGGUCUUGGUGACCCCUCAGAUGGUGUACAUGACCUCCCGCUUGAAAGAAUUAACUGGAACUCUGCAGACCCUGAUGACAAGUUUGUCACUGAUGACUNCGACAGAUGACAUAUAAGUGUUCUAAAUCCAAGUCUAAAUCUAAAUGUCUGAUCUGCAAAGGGCAGUACAGCCCAUCUUCAGCAGAUAUAAGUGUUAAGUGUAAUAUAACGAAAAAAAUUAGCACGUGGUCUUGGUGACCCCUCAGAUGGUGUACAUGACCUCCCGCUUGAAAGAAUUAACUGGAACUCUGCAGACCCUGAUGACAAGUUUGUCACUGAUGACUCUAUGUACGUACCUGUUUUGACUUGUUUCUUGGGAAACUAGUUAGUUUUGUUUCCCAAAAUGGUCAAAGUCCAAUCUAUGAGCAUAUAUGCCACGAUUAAUUUCUGACAUCAUACACUUUGUUGUGUUGUCAGCCACUCAGAUGCUUUUGAUGGGAGACAUUUUCAUUUUUAAUGUCAUGUGAUCUUUAAUAAAUAGUUAAGGGAAGGAUGUGCUGUUGAGCAGACAAAAAUAGUGUGAGAUUCAUAAUGAUUUAUGUUAUAAGAGUUCAGAAAAUGACCUAUAAUAAUUAUUGAUCUGACCAGGUUAUAAUAGCCAGUAUGGCAAACCCAGUUCAAAUGUGAAGGGGAAGUGGAGAAUCCAGAGGUUACGGAUGUGUGGACAUGUUCAUUUACACCCAUUUCUUGUGUGCCACAAUUCCCACCCUUUUCCUUCUUUCCUUUGGAACACCUUUCAUGGAGUCAGACUGGUCAAGGUUAUAAGUGCAGAGACAGCUUUAAUCCAUCAUAUAAUACUGUGACAAUAAAUUGUACUCCCACAUCUUUAUUACACGCUUCCUUUUAUUUCAUGUCAGCAUUGUGUUAGAUUUGUUGUGGUUAAAUUUUAUCCUUGGUUUAAAUUUUUGUUUUUCUUUGUUUCAAAGUCAUUUACAUAUGUACAUUCCCAUGGCCCAAAACAAGGAAAAAUAAAAUUUAUAUCAAGGAUAAAUUCAAACCACAACAGAUACAUCAGUGGCAACAUUUUUGACCUAUAUGUAGCAUUGGACCAAAUAAAGUGACAGAUGGAAUAACUUGUUGCAAUGUCCAAGUCUCCCUCUGUUUCACAGGAAAAAUAAAGGCAAUAAUUUGUAGUGAAA